CGCCUGGGCUUGGUCCCCCCCCCUCCCCUGCUUUCCUGGCUGCAGCACCAGCUGGGCAGGCAGACCAAGCCCUGCAGCAAAGCCAACAGAGAAGGAGAGACUGAGACAGAAGAAGAUAAACAGGAGCUGUGUUUCGCUGAGGACGGAUCGUUCUAAGCCAGCCUGGCUGUUUUGAUUCCCAUGUCUAAGUAGCCAUGCAGUCGCCCAAGAAAGGCCUGCUCUGCAACCUCAACCACGUCCACCUGCAGCACAUCUCCCUGGGCCUCCAUCUGUCUCGCCACCCAGAACUUCAGGAGGAGUCCCACACCUUGGCCCCACCAAGGAAGGGAACAGCGGGCCAGGACUACAGAGAACAGAGCCAUGUCUCGGCGCUGGUGGACGCCAACUCCAACGACCCGUCCUUGACGUGCCAGUGUUGCGACGAACACCCUCUGCAUUCGGAUAUCAAACGGGACCUCCAGAAUCUGCAAAGCUUGCCUAGAUCUCCUGUUUCGAGCCACGAAGAAGAGGAGGAGGAGGAGGAUUCGCCUUUGGACCCGGCCUCCUCUUCCGUCAGCAGCUGCUCCGAUCUCAGCUUGGACGACACUCCUGUCUCUGUCUACUGGAAGGAGUUCCCGACGGAAGAGGUGGCCCAAAGUCCGGAGAACCAGCCCAACAUUGUCCCUUUGGAUGAGGCUCACAAUGUGGCCAGCCCUGAAGAGAGGAGCUUGAACCUCAACAUCCGAGGUGACCGCCCCAUAACCCGUGUCUGGGACAGUCCCGAUAGCCUCGGCAGCAACAGCUCAUUGGAGUCCACACCUUCUCCCAGCUCAAAGCCCCAAUCGGAGUCACCGUUGAACGGCUCUCCGACGGUGCCACCUCCAGUCCGUCCUUGCCGUGCACCCCCUGCUGUGCCAGUCCGUCGCGUCACUCCAGGACUGGAUUCGAACUGCAACUCUCUUCCGGUCCAGGAACCCAAGCCAGCGACCUUCCCUCCAGGGCAGGUGGACGUCAACUUAAACUGGUCUGGUCCACCAAAGCCUCGUGUUGUGGGUCCCCCACCUCCCGUGCCUCCGAGGACAAAGCGAGGACUUCAAGGGAUACGACGGCGUGAGCCAGAGAAGCCAAGCUCUGACGCAUCAUCAGAGCUGAGUGUCCAACAGAGAGAGGUCACCAAGAACAUCACCUCCUUCCAUGAGUUGGCCCAGAAGCGGAAGAAGGUGGCGGUCUCACCACCGACCAGGAAAGACCAAAGCGACUGGCUCAUCGUUUUUUCUCCCGACACUGAGUUGCCCCCUUGUCACGAGGCCACGUGGGGUAACGUUCCCAAUCAGGAGAUAUUUGACCCACAAACAACGCCCCCAGAGCCAGCAAACGUGGCCAACUGCCCACAGAAGGAGGUCACUACAUUCAAAGAACUGCGCUGCCGCAAGCAGAAAAGUCACCUGCCCACACAGGUUGGCACCCAACAGGUGAAAGCGGGCAAGCUGAUGCCAGAAGGCAGCGACCCUUUGCAGGAGAGUGACCCACCAAAGGGGCAUUUCCGAGGCCCAAAGGAGAACCCGCUCCGGAAGAAGAAGUCCCGCCCUGGGCUACAACCCAUCAUGGAAGGGGGCUUCGAAGAAGGAGAGGAUGGAGCGUCGGAUAGACGCUCGGAAGGCAAGCCGAAUGGACAAAGGGACCCCUGGAUGCCCGGGAAAGAGGAAAGAGGAGACGGGCGUUUUGUGGAGGUCCAACACUCUCAGUCCUUCGGAGGGAUUGCAAGUAACGGUCAUCUGUGGAGGGACGAUGUGGACCGGCUGUCUGCACAACUGCGAGAACAAAAGAAAGCUUUGCUUGUGGCGGUCAGCGCUUCGGUGGACAAGAUCGUGGCCCAUUUCAGCACAGCAAGAAACCUUGUGCAAAAGGCCCAGCUAGGAGACAGCCGGCUCAGCCCUGAUGUGGGCUACUUGGUCCUGAACACCCUUUGCCCGGCGCUUUGGGCCCUGGUUGGCGACGGCCUGAAACCCUUUCAAAAGGACGUGAUCACAGGCCAGAGGCCCAGUUCUCCGUGGAGCAUUGUGGAAGCAUCCGUCAAGCCCGGACCCCAGACCCGCUCCCUGAAUGCCCUGUAUUGGCGGGUGUCUCGGCUGGCACCCCUCCGCAGCAGCCAACAGCGCUUCCAUGCUUUUAUCCUCGGCCUCCUGAAUCUAAAGCAGCUGGAACAGUGGUUUGCCCACUUGCAGCAGAACUCAGAGCUGAUCUUAGCACUUUACUUGCCCACGGCCUUCCUAGUGCUGAGCCAGGGGCUUUGCCGCUGCUGGACUGAAGAGCUCCUCCUCCUGCUCCAACCACUAUCCAUGCUGACCUUCCAGCUGGACCUUCUCUUUGAGCACCACCAUCUGCCAUUCAAUGUCCGGCCAAUGCCUCGCCGUGCUAUCACGCCAACAGAGCCGCUCACUGGUUCCUCGAAGGCCGGUGGGCUUCGAUGGCUAGAUUUACCUCCAUCCAAGCAAUCUGAAGGUCCCUUGGUCCAUCACAAUCCCAUCCAUGAGGCCCAAGCGGAGGUCCCUCUUCGAGAGAAACUCCUCCAGUGGGGGGACCGGCUAACUUACACCCUGAUAGGCAACGAAGCCUCUUCCAAAACAGAAUUGGGUCCUCAAACCAUCCAUAAGGAGAUGGAAGAGAAGCAACAGAGCUGGUGGCAACAGCUAACUUUGUCCUCGGGUGUCUAUGCCAACUCCACCUCUGUCUCAAAGCAAGAGAGUUUCCCUUACACACAAUGGGCCAAGUUGCGGGUGGCCGUGGGGGGUGCCAUCAAAGAGGCACGGAUCAGCAUGGCGGAAGCAGCAGGGAGUUCCAACACUGGCCCUGGAGAAAGCGGCUCCCUUCCUACCACUGAGAUGGCGGGAAACGCACCCAAAGUUGAAGCUGCCAAGAAGCUGGAAAUGAUGGCACCCAAUGCCACGGAAUCCUCAACUGCAGAUUCCCAGGAGGGCAACAAUCGUCCUGAGGCCAUGGAUUCUCCGGGAAGCGGGAAGGGGAAACGUUUAGGGUGGCUGUUUGGAGCAAAUUGCCCAGGAGCGCCCAGCGAGCCAGAUCAGAGUCUGCCAAAAUCCAGCAGACGGCCCUCAAGCUGGCUCCCCCCUACUAUGAACGUCCUGGCUUUGGUGAUGAAGACGGUGCCAGCGGAGAAGAGUUGGCAGAAGGAAUCGUGGGAAGAUGUCUCCCCAGACCCAUUGCAGACUUACAGGGCUGUGCGUGCUCUCUGCGACCAUGUUGGGAAUGAGGAUAACCAGCUGAGCUUCUGCAAAGGGGACAUCUUGCAGGUCUUGGACACCGUGGAUGAAGAUUGGCUCCAGUGCUGCCGAGGAGAUCGCAAAGGUCUGGUCCCCGUUGGCUAUACAUCCCUCAUCCUCUGAAAUGGGGCAGCCAAGAGGAAAGGGGAUGCCAAAGGCAGCUUCCAACACACAUCAAAUAUGGUGCGAGCACUAAGAAGAAGCCGCGUGUGCACAAACGCCUGCCAUUCUCAACUGCGCACUAGGUGUACAACCACAAAGAGUUGUUUGUAAACGGAGCAGACUCUGCGGCCUGCACCUCGAUCGCAACAGGCUUGCCGUUUUCUCUUUCCAAUCUGCUCCGCCUGCCCUGACGGUGCUUGGAUGUCUCAGCCCAUGCAGAAGUCCCUCACACAUCCCUCCUUGUGGUUGCUGCUCUCCAAGACUAUGCAUCCUCACGCCAAAAGAUGGUUCUCUUUUGUGUAUUUAUAUAACAUAUAUCUUGUGUAUAUAUAUAGAUCAUAGAGUCGUAUGUUGAGUUGGAAGGGGCCUCCUGAGCUAUCAAGUCCAACCCCUGCUCAAUGCAGGGCCUCCAGUUAAAACAUCCCCAGCUUCUUGUCGACAGUGUAGUGGAUCUUCGUCCAUAUCUUGGACGAAGAUAUGGAGACCACAAUCUUGGCAUGGAAACCUAUUAUUGCGUUAUCUUGGACAGACCACACUUUCUCAGAGUGAGCAGGACCCAUCUGGAGGGUUUCCUCACAUGCUGAAACCUUUAUGGCAAGGCUUAAAUUACGUCCCACUAGUCAUUAAAUUGGAUAGGAUGCUCAAAGAGCUGCUCCAGUUUUGUGUAGAGCCUCCAGCGCUUUAAUCACCUCCUCCUCGAUAUGCCUCUUCCAAUAAAUGCCAUGUAGCAAGUGCUUCUUGAAAUGUUA